UAACUAUUUUGCGUGUGAAAACCAUCUACUAAAUAUGGAUAUUACGACAUUAAAUCAGGCAGAAGAAAUAAUUACAAACCAUCACGAGAAUAAAAACAUACUGAAAGAAAUUGAGGAAUUCGUAAUACAAUGGCCGUUUCAAUCGACAGACAGUUUUGCCUUGAUGAACAACGACAUAAACAACCUGAUCAACAAACUGAUUCAAUUAUUUUCACCAAAUCGUAAUGACAUCCAAAUCCGGAACGCUUUUCACUGUGUCGUGUUCAAUAAAAUGAACGCGUUCAUACUCAACUAUUUAAAGGAAGCAUAUUUAAAAGAAGACUCGUUGUUGUUCGAGAAGUGCAAACGAUUAUCUAUAAACAACGUUUCACUAAUGCAACUCGGAUCGAAAGAGGAAUACGCCAUUAAAUUUCCUGCCGCUGUGGUCGAAUUGUCGAUUUUAGAAGAAUACACUAGUCCCUUGCAAAAAUUGAACUGCCUGUGCAUUACUUUUGAUGUGUUGUAUGCCGAAUUGAAGUCAGUUCUGGUGUCCAUGAUCUCAAAAUAUUCAGAUAAAGAUAAUGAUAUUCCUAUAAUUAACAACGACGAAAUUUACCCGGCGUUGUUAAUGGUGAUAAUUAAAUCAAAGCCAAUGUAUUUUAUGAGCAAUUUAGAAUACAUCAAAAUCUUUGGCCCAGAUUUAUCUAAUGACCAUGUAAAAAGGCAAAUUCUAGAAACGUUCGACAAAGCUGCAAUAAAAUUGUACAACUUAGACGAGACUGCAACUCUAAAUAAGUGUUGUGACAAACUGGAGGACAGUUUGAAUCUAGCCCAAUUGAUGGGGUUUCAAGAGAAAAUACAAAAUUUUCCCAAUCAAACUGUUGACUUUUUACACGAAAAACGAAAAGAGUACAACGACCAAAUCGAAGCCAGCUUAAGUCAGCAUUUAUGUUGAUCUAAAUGGCUAAAAAUUAAUUUAUUAAAUAUAUUAAUGUUAAUAGUCUUUAGGUACAAAUUUAUGAAUGUGAUAAAACUGUAGGUUUUCCUUUGAAAUACUCUUUGUAAUUUUACAAAUAAAGUAAUAAAACAAAAAAUAA